AUGUCCAGUCUUGAAGCGCGAGUUGCUCCUAUCAUAGGCCCCUUAGAGGUAGGAUCACUAGUUUGCGGGAUCCUUCUUGGCUGUGCAUUGCUACAAGGCUACUUUUACCAUUGCAACUUCGAACACGAUCCGUGCAAAAGAAAGCUUCUCGUUGCCUGCGUAAUCGUAGUUGACCUCUUCUAUUUCUUCUCCUGCGCGGUAAUGCUGUGGAAACUUACAAUCAUAUUUUUCGGGAAUGUAUCCCAAGUGGAGGCUCUUCCCGCUGCAUCCCUGAGCGCAAUCGCAGCCUCUACAGCGGUGAUGAAUAUCAUGAUGCAGGGUUUCUAUGCGCAUCGCAUAUGGAAAUUGUCAUCCUCUGUCAUCAUACCGAUCAUCAUCGGAAUCUCCACUACUGUGUCUACGAUAAUUGCACUUUACGGCGCCAUAGGGACGAUGGUGUAUGAACCCAAGUGGCUUGGCCCCCGUAGCUGGAUCGUCUGGGUAUCCGACUCGUGCGAGCUGUUCAGCUCGUUGGUUAUUACAUGCGUAACAGCCUGGUACCUUCGAAAGUCUAAAAUCUUGGCGCUCAGUGGUACUGCUCGGCACAUUGACAGGCUAACUUUGUGGACUCUUGAGAUUGGUUUACCCCCCAGUAUCUGCCGCAUCGCUGAGCUAGUAUGCAUAUUACGUUACGGGGAUAUGAUUUGGUUGGGUCCGUACAUUAUCGUUGCUGGAGUCCAAGCCAACUGCCUUCUUGCUGCGAUCAAUACCCGCAUGAUAAGAGUCGACGAAUCGAUCCGACGGGAUGUCGAGGAGACCCGCCAACACAAGUCUUUACCGGCCCUUCCUCGCUCCACUUUGGUUACCGAUGCUCGGAACUCAUCAAGUUCCGCGGAGAGUGUCUAA